AUGGCCAACACGGCCCUCAAUUUCGUCACCUACAACCAGGACCACAGCUGCUUGGCUGUUGGUACAUCGAGUGGCUUCCGCAUCUACCAUACCGAACCGUUUUCCAAGAUAUUCAGCAGCAACGAUGGCAACAUCUCCAUCAUCGAGAUGCUCUUCUCUACCUCUCUAGUCGCCCUCGUCCUUUCGCCCCGCCACCUGAUCAUCCAGAACACGAAGCGUGGUUCCGUUAUCUGCGAACUAAGUUUCCCUUCUGCUGUCCUCGCCGUCCGCCUGAACCGCAAGCGUCUCUGUGUCGUGCUCGAGGAUAGCAUAUACCUUUACGAUAUUGCCAACAUGUCCCUGCUGCAGCGGAUUGACACAUCACCGAAUCCGAGUGCCAUCUGUGCCCUAUCUCCGUCCUCCGAAAACUCCUAUUUCGCAUAUCCGCUCCCAAAGCCGCGUGACGACUCCGUAGACAAGCGCCCACGCCAUGCCCCUCCUGCCUCGGUCAGUUACGUGCCCGUGACUUCUGGAGAUGUGCUCAUCUAUGAUACGUCGACCCUCAAGGUCGUCAAUGUCGUUGAGGCUCACCGUUCACCCCUAUCGUGCAUCGCGCUCAAUAAUGACGGAACUUUAUUAGCUACGGCGAGUGAGACGGGCACCAUCAUCCGUGUGUUUUCGGUGCCGAAAGGACAGAAGCUCUACCAGUUCCGCCGUGGCACUUAUCCCAGUACCAUCUAUAGCAUGUCUUUCAACAUAGCUAGCACUCUUCUUUGCGUCUCGUCGACCUCUGAUACUGUUCACAUCUUUCGCCUCCAACAACCAGGCCCAGCCGCUAGUGCCAACACCAGCGAGACUUGGUCGGAUGUCAAGGCGCCGAGCUCCCCCCGCGCUGAUCGAUGGUCUCGGAGUCACAGUAACGAUAGUGGUAAUGAGUCACUCAGCAGUGCUCAAGACUCCGAGGUCGCAGACCUAGCUGGCUCUCCGCCGACUAGUAGUUCAACCGGCAAUAGAAGACAGAGUGGGUCAUUUAGCAGCCUGCUUCGUCGGUCUUCGCAGGCUAUGGGUCGCAGCGUCGCCGGAGUAGUAGGGAACUACUUGCCGCAGACAGUUACCGAGAUGUGGGAGCCCUUGCGUGAUUUCGCCUAUAUCAAAAUCCCUAAGAGCACAGUAUCUGGUCGCCAAGGCACAGUCGCUACAACCCAGCAACUGCGUAGCGUUGUAGCCAUGAGCAGCAGCGGCCCUCACGUCAUGGUGGUGACGAGCGAUGGCGGCUUCUACGUCUACAAUAUUGAUAUGGAGCGUGGUGGCGAGGGUUAUUUAGUUAAACGCUUCUCGGUCCUUGACAGUGACGACAAUCUCGAUUCUUCAAAUAACGGUUAG